AUGCAGUAUGUACAUUGUGAAGCAGAGUAUACACCAAAAUCAAUUAUGAAUUCUUAUUCAUGUGGUGUUCAAUCUGCAAAAAUAACAAAUCCAGAUUUUAUAAACAUGAUUUCCAAGAUUGAACAAGGGCUAAAAGAUGUAGAAAUUGUACAUUAUGAGCCAAUACACAACCCAGCAGCAACUAUUAAGUAUUGUUCAAGUGGUACUAAGAUUGGCAGAAGCAAGAAUGAUGGAGAUGUUAAAGAGUUGAUUUCGGAUGCGAAAAGCCAUCUUGCUGCGUUGGGUUGGACGUUUUUUUUCGUCUUGAAAAGACCCGGAAAACGGGAACUGAGGUACCGGUCUCCUGCCGGUAGAAGCUUUGUUACUCUUCGGGCAGCGUGUCAAUAUAUUAUUGACAAUCCAGAAGGUGAUUCGGGUUGUAUCAAGAUUGGAAGAAUUAGUAAAAGUGGAAGGAAACUGAAGGAAAAGAAUGGGGUUUUGAGUGGGAAUGAGACCAAGAAAAGUGUUUGCAGUCAGGAUGUUAAUAUGGGUUGUAGUGAUAUUGAAAAACUUGCAGAACCCAGAAAAGAAUCUGAGAAAAGCAAUGAGCUUUCUACUGGCAACGGUGACUGCGACCAGGAUCUUGACGGGUUUGCAGACGACCUGACAAGAAUGUUGGAGAUAGAUGAGUCUUCAGAUCCUGAUCUUGUUUCGGGUAGUCCCAAGAUUGAAGGAUUUACCGGAGAAAGAAAAAGAAAGAAAGAAGUAGACCAGAUUGACGAUCAGAAUCUUGAUUUGGGUAGUCCCAAGAUCGAAGGGGUGAUGGAAGAGGGAAAGAGUGUGAAUCUUGAUUCGAGCAGUACCAAGAUUGAAGGGUUUACAGGGGAGGUUAAGGAACUGGAUAAAACUGAUGGGUUUUCAAGUGAUAUUAGACCCCAGAAAAGGAUUCAAAUUGAAGAUGUUGGUAAUUUAUCUUUGAAAGAUCCGGGUAAAGAUGAAAACGAAAAGAAGGGUUCUUUGAGUAAUCGGCCGCAGAAAAAGAUUCAAGAUGUUAUAAGAUUGCUAAAGAAGGAUAAGCCCCCAAAGACACCUAAACAAAAGGCAGAGGGUUCAUCAAUACGUCGCAGGUGUAUGCGGCUUUCUGUACUAAUCCAAAAGAAUAUAGUGGAUCAGGGUGCAAGAGUUCAGUAUCGUACAAAACUUGGCAAAGUUCUUGCGACUGGGCGGGUUUAUGAUGAAGGUAUUAAAUGUGAUUGUUGUAGGGAGUUCUUUUUGUUAAGUAAAUUUGAGGCUCAUGCUGGAAGUACAUAUCAUAGACCAGCAGAAUAUACCUUUCUUGAAGAUGGAAGGUCUCUAACUAGUUGCCAGAGACAGUUAGAACUCGGAAAGGAACAGCAUACAGUCCCUAAAAAACCAGAAUUAGCAGUUGAUCGUGCGUGUGAAGUCCCUGAGACGCCAGAAGUAUCUAAUCAUGUGACAGGCCAUGACGAAUUCUGUUGGGUAUGUAAAGAAAGCGGUGAGUUGUUGUUAUGUGAUUCUUGCACAUCAUCUUACCAUCUAUCCUGCAUUGGAUUGCAAAGAAUUCCGAAAUCAAGUCACUGGUUUUGUCCUACCUGUUCUUGUGGUAUUUGUGAUCCUGGUAAGAUUGGUAACUUCACUGAUGAAGCUAGCCACGCUCGCAGCAAAGUUAAAUGUGGACAAUGUCGGCACCAGUACCACAUCGAUUGUAUAAGAAAGUUGGGCUUUUCAAUGUCUUCCGAUUCUAAACAUUGGUUUUGUAAGGAAACGUGUGAACGGAUAUUUCACGGCCUUCAGGGGAUAUCUGGCCAGGCAAUCCCUUUGCCCAUUGAUAACUUAAAUUGGAGAUUGUUGCAGCUCGACUAUGAACACAGCAUGGAGGAGUGUGCAGAAACUUAUGGCAAGCUAAAUGACGCGUUAGAGGUGAUGCACGAGUGUUUUCAGAUGGUGAAAAAUCCCUUGUCCGGAAAUGAUAUCAUGGAAGAUGUGAUCUUUAGUAGAGACAUAAAGGGUUCGAAUUUUGCGGGGUUUUUUACUGCAGUUUUGGAGAAAGAUGAGGAAAUAAUUACCGUGGUUAACUUUCGGGUGCAUGGUUGUAAAGUGGCAGAGAUUCCAUUAGUUGCAACAAGAUUUCAACACAGAAGAUCAGGGAUGUGCAGGAUUUUGAUGGAUGAGCUUGAAAGGAAAUUGGGAUACUUAGGGGUUAAGAGACUCGUUUUGUCUGCGGUUUCGGAGAUGGUUGGUACUUGGACCGAGUCAUUUGGGUUCACCUUGAUGUCAGAAGCUGAAUGUUUGGAUGCUGUUGACUGCAAGUUUCUUGAAUUUCCUGGUACUGUAAAAUGUCAGAAAAUCUUGAAGAAUAUGUGA